AUGGUGAACGCUUCGACGAAUGUCAACGGCGCGAAUGGCAACGCCAACGGCCAUGCGAACGGGGAUGCGAACGGCUCGAACGGCGUCAAUGGCGCUUCUCACGGCGCGCCGCUCGACUUUACUGUCCUUGGGCUGAACUCGGGAACAAGUAUGGACGGCAUCGACUGCGCCCUUUGCCGCUUCCGCCAGGACUCGCCGGAAGCGCCCAUGCACUUUGAGCUGUUGAAGUACGGCGAAGUCCCGCUUCCCCAAGGCAUCAAGAAGCGGGUCAUGAAGAUGAUCCUCCAUAACCGCACAACGCCCGAGGAGCUCUCCGAGGUCAACGUGCAACUUGGCGAGACGUUUGCCGACGCCGUCGAGUCCUUCAUUUCAAGCAACGGCAUCGACCGCUCGACUAUCGACGCCCUCGCCUCCCACGGCCAGACAAUCUGGCUCCUCUCUAUGCCGGAGGAGGGCCAGGUCAAGUCGGCGCUGACGAUGGCAGAAGGGUCUUUCCUGGCCUCGCGCACCGGGAUCACCUCGAUCACCGACUUCCGCAUCUCUGACCAAGCCGCUGGCCGGCAGGGAGCGCCCUUAAUCGCCUUCUUCGACGCCCUCCUCCUGCACCACCCCACCAAACUUCGCGCGUGCCAGAACAUCGGAGGAAUCGCGAACGUUUGCUUCAUCCCGCCCGACCACCAAGGCGGUGUGGACGCCUGCUUCGACUUUGACACCGGCCCCGGCAAUGUCUUCAUCGACGCAGCUGUGCGCUACUUCACCAAUGGCGAGCAAGAGUACGACAGGGACGGCGCGAUGGGUAAGCGGGGCAAGGUGAACCAGGCAAUGGUCGACCGUUUCCUCCAGCACAAGUACUUCGGCCUCGAGCCUCCCAAGACUACGGGUCGCGAAGUAUUCCGUGACACGAUUGCACACGACCUGAUCAAGGAGGGCGAGUCGCUCGGCAUGUCGGCGGACGACAUCGUCGCGACUGUCACCCGCAUCCCCGCUCAAGCCAUCGUCGACCACUACCGUCGCUAUGCCCCCUCUCAGGACAUCGACGAAAUCUUCAUGUGCGGCGGCGGCGCAAAGAACCCGAAUAUCGUCGCUUUCAUCCAGGAGAGCUACCCGAACACCAAGAUCAUGAUGCUCGAUGAGGCUGGCGUCCCCGGUGAUGCAAAGGAGGCUUGCACGUUUGCAUGGCAGGGAAUGGAGGCUCUCGUCGGCCGAUCCAUUCCUGUUCCUACCCGCGUCGAGACCCGGCGACCGUUCGUCCUUGGGAAGGUCUCCCCUGGUGAGAACUACCGGUCGGUCCUGCGGAAGGGCAUGGCCUUUGGCGGCGACAGCGACCAACUGCCGUGGGUGCAUGAGAUGGUUAACUACGUGGACGGCAAGGUCUUCAACAACAAGUGGUAG